UCUUUUCUAGGUUAGAUAAAGGAAGGCUAUUUCCUUAGUGUGGAUUGCUGCCUUUAGUAAGAAUAUGUCGUCCAUCUUGCCAUUCACUCCACCAGUUGUGAAGAGACUGCUGGGAUGGAAGAAAUCAGCUGGUGGAUCCGGAGGAGCAGGUGGAGGAGAGCAGAAUGGACAGGAAGAAAAGUGGUGUGAGAAAGCAGUUAAAAGUUUGGUGAAGAAGCUAAAGAAAACAGGACGAUUAGAUGAGCUUGAGAAAGCUAUCACCACUCAAAAUUGUAAUACUAAAUGUGUCACCAUACCAAGCACUUGCUCUGAAAUUUGGGGACUGAGUACACCAAAUACGAUAGAUCAGUGGGAUACAACAGGCCUUUACAGCUUCUCUGAACAAACCAGGUCUCUUGAUGGUCGUCUUCAGGUAUCUCAUCGGAAAGGACUGCCACACGUUAUAUAUUGCCGAUUAUGGCGCUGGCCUGAUCUUCAUAGUCAUCAUGAACUCAAAGCAAUUGAAAACUGCGAAUAUGCUUUUAAUCUUAAAAAGGAUGAAGUAUGUGUAAACCCUUACCACUACCAGAGAGUUGAAACACCAGUUUUGCCUCCUGUGUUAGUACCACGGCACACUGAGAUCCUAACAGAACUACCGCCUCUGGAUGAUUAUACCCACUCCAUUCCAGAAAACACUAAUUUCCCAGCGGGAAUUGAGCCACAGAGUAAUUACAUUCCAGAAACACCACCUCCUGGAUAUAUCAGUGAAGAUGGAGAAACAAGUGAUCAACAGUUGAACCAAAGUAUGGAUACAGGAUCCCCAGCAGAACUAUCUCCUACUACUCUUUCCCCUGUUAAUCAUAGUUUGGACUUGCAGCCAGUUACAUACUCAGAACCUGCAUUUUGGUGUUCAAUAGCCUAUUAUGAAUUAAACCAGAGGGUUGGAGAGACCUUCCAUGCAUCACAACCCUCACUUACCGUAGACGGCUUCACAGAUCCAUCAAAUUCAGAGAGAUUCUGCUUAGGUUUACUUUCCAACGUCAACCGAAAUGCUACAGUAGAAAUGACAAGAAGACAUAUAGGAAGAGGAGUGCGCUUAUAUUACAUAGGUGGGGAAGUUUUUGCUGAGUGCCUAAGUGAUAGUGCAAUCUUUGUGCAGAGCCCCAAUUGUAAUCAGAGAUACGGCUGGCACCCUGCAACAGUGUGUAAAAUUCCACCAGGCUGUAAUCUGAAGAUCUUCAACAACCAGGAAUUUGCUGCUCUUCUGGCUCAGUCUGUGAAUCAAGGUUUUGAAGCCGUGUAUCAGCUAACUAGAAUGUGCACCAUAAGAAUGAGUUUUGUGAAAGGGUGGGGAGCAGAAUACCGAAGGCAGACGGUAACAAGCACUCCUUGCUGGAUUGAACUUCAUCUGAAUGGACCUCUGCAGUGGUUGGACAAAGUAUUAACUCAGAUGGGAUCCCCUUCAGUGCGUUGCUCAAGCAUGUCAUAAAGUUCCAUCACCAAUCCAGUCCCAUCAAAAGACUUACUGUAUCAACUUUUCUGUCAUAGUAUUUGUGUGUGGUCCCCAUGGACUGUUUGUAUCCAAAAAUUCAACCGAGAAAACAGCACUUGAGGUCUCAUCAAUUAAAGCACCUUGUGGAAUCCGUUUCCUAUAUUCGAAUAUUAGAUGGGAAAAUUAGUGUCUAGAAAUACCCUCCCAUAAAGGAGGAAGAGAAGAUUUUAAAGACUUACUAAUGUCUUGUUGGGCAUAAAAUUGAGUGUCCCAAAGGCUUAUUAAUAACAGUAGUAGUUAUGUGUACAGGUAAUGUAUCAUGAUCCAGUAUCACAGUAUUGUGCUGUUUAUAUACAUUUUUAGUUUGCAUAAAUUAGGUGUGUGUGUGCUGCUUCUUGAUUUAGGCAAGCUUUUAUAAAGUUACAGUACCUAAUCUGUUAUUCCCACUUCUCCGUUAUUUGUGUGUGUCUUUUUUAAUAUAUAAUAUAUAUCAAGAUUUUCAAAUUAUCAUUUAGAAGCAGAUUUCCCUUGUAGAAAAACUAAUUUUUCUGCCUUUUACCAAAAAUAAACUCUUGGGGGAAGAAAAGUGGAUAACUUUUGACAUCCUUGACCUUAAUGUGUUCAGUGAGUCUUAAACAUUUGUUCUUGUUGGUUGGUUUGUUUACUGCUAAAUUUCUAUAACAAAGCCUUGCAGAAAAUCUUUUCAAACCUCUUCUCCAUUCCUACUUUUGUUCUGAUACAAAAACAGAAUAGCAUGUUAUCCGUCGCCAGUAAUGGUUGCACUGAUAGUGCCAGCACCAGUCGCUUCUGGGGUACAGUAAGAAUGCAUAUGGAGUAAGUUGCUUUGUCUUACACAUUUCAACAGAUAAUACUUGACUUGUGUGACCUAGUAGUCUAUUAAUUUAUCCUUACACCUCAUAAAAAAUACAUAGGUGGCAGUAUAAUUAUUUUCAGGGAUAUGCUACAAUUAUUCCAUUUGUCCUUUUUUUAAAGCCAAUCUAUAGAUGUAGACACUUUUUUUAAAGGUAUUUUAAAUGUUUCAACAGCAGACCUAGUGCUCUUUGAUUUGAGUUUCACUUGAUUUAGUUACCAGAUUAUUUUAUGAAUGGACCUUUUGUGAAUGUAAUUGUACCUGCAGAAUACCUAGAAAAGUGAUGCUGAGGUGUGGUCAGCAGAUAAGGGCCAUCUGUUUUUAAAAUAUGUUGUAUUCAAUUUUUAAAAUCUUUUAUUUUACAUAAUUAUUAAUGGAAUUUUAAAAAUUUGGGGAGAAGCAGUUUAGCAACUUUUUAAGCUUAUAAUCACCUACAGCCUGAGCUGUUCUUAACUAAAACUGAAUAUAUGUUUGUUACUAGAAUCAACCACAUUUUAUGCUCUGCAGUGAGAGGAACAGAAGCUCUGUGGGUAGUUCGUUCUGCAGCAAGUAACUCCCAGGUCUAAUGUGAAGUUAUUGCUGUUUAAACAUUACUUGUUUGCAUCUCAAUAGAAAUGAAAAAUAACCACUCCUAGUCCCCUUCUAGUAAAUUUUUAUAUUUUUAGGAUAAAUAUCUUAGGUACUUGUUUUUCGAAACCGUAGUCACCUGUUUCUACAGGUGUCAUUUUCAGUACUUUCAGCAUUUGGUUGUUUUCUGUUAAGUAUUCCUCAUUUUCCAAUAUUUGUGUGUACAUGCAUGUAUUCUUGUAAACGUGUAGUAAAUUUUUACUCAUUCAAAUAUUUAUUGCUCACCUGUUACAUGUGCCAGGAACUUUCUUAGCUUUUGGGUAAAGGUGAACACUAUAACCCUUUAUCAGCUUUUUUGUCUGUGAAGGAAAUAAAUAGGGUGAUAGAGUACAACAGAGGGAAGUGUUGCUUGCAGUAACACUUGGCGUGAGAAAGGAGCAAAUGGGCAUUCCUGACAAAGAGAAUGGCAUGAUAUGCAAAGGCUCAUUUUAGAGGAAACUCAUUAGUUAUGAAUGCUUUAUAUGAACACCUCUACACAGAUCCGAACUUGAGGAUCAGAAUGGUUCUACAAUUUAUAAUAGUUGAAGGUGGCCUUACUUUGUGAUAGACUUUGUCAUUCUCAGUAAUAUUUCUUCUUUGUCAAGCCCUUGCUGUAAAGUUCGACAUUUGUCAGUACCAUUUAACAACCCCUUCUUUAAAUCGGCCUUGGGCAAGUUUUCACCAUUGUAGUGUCUGGCUGCUUGCUUCCAGACUUCUUGCUGCUCACUAAUUACUACUUCUACAGGGCAUCUUGUGAUUUGUGUAAAUUCCCAGUUAUUACCACCGCAGAUCUGCUGGAGAUAACAGGGGAGUGUCUGCCCUUUGCAGGUGUUUAUUGAGAACUUGGGAGCAGUUCUGGGGGCAGAGAACAACUUUGAGACUGGUGGAGGGUCUUGGCAGUCACUCUUGCAUUGGUAUGUUAAGUGAAGCAGUGCCAAUCACAGCAUGUCAAUAUGGAGCUCAGCUCCAGUUGCAAUGGAGUUCUGUGCCACCAGAAGCUGGGACUCAACUCUUAGGAGGCACCUGUUGUACUGAGCAGUUCUACCUGUUGAGCAGUUGGCUUCAUGGUGGUGACUACAUUUUUGUGAAUAUAUUUAAUGGUCAGGGUCAUGUUUGUUUUUUACUUAUAAAUUGUUUAUUUCUGGAAUUUUCCAGACCAUGGUUGACCAGGAGUAACUGAAACCACAGAAAGCAAAUCAGCAGAUAAGGGGGGACAACUAUAGUUAACAGAAAGGCAGAAUUAUCCCAUGUACAUUAGUGAUACAGAUGUUUACCUCCCUAAAGUUUUUUUGAAGAUAUUGAACCCCAAAAGCAUUUGUUUAUCUGCUUCUCUUUUUCAUAUUUAGAUAGCCCCCAAAUAUACAGCAGUUUCCUGGGCUGUUCACAAUUCACAUUUCUUAGAAUAGUCUAACCAAAGAGCAUCUGCAGUGCCCAAGUAGUAAUCCCAACCAUCAGCUUUUUCCCAUAUUUGCUUUUUAGUGGAUUGCUGUUUUUGCAUUCUGUAUUGUCUACAGUGGCCUCUUAACAUGGACCCUUUCUUUCCCCCCCUUUAUAGGGACUGUUUUCAUUCUUCAUGGUGAAAUCUCUUCUUUGUUGGAUUUUGUCUUUCUUUAAAUUAGCAACAUUAUUUAGAACUUCUUCACAGUGUUGGUAAUUUCUUCAACUCAACAAAGUGAGAAUGGAAGGACCAUGCUAUCUGUCACAUUUAGAUGAAUGGUCAUUUUCACAGUGGAUUCGAGUCCAUAGAGACACCUUAGGGCUGGCCUUGGAAAUUGGAGGCUGGUGAUGUUCCCACUGAUCUGGUCUAACCAGUGGCAGUUUCAUUUCAGUUCUAUAUUGGAGUUCUACAAAGAUUUGUUAAAAAGUUAUAUUGCUUAAAAAAAAAGUUUGAAAAGUUUAUGCUGUUUAAAAUUAGAGAAAACUGGAUAUCAGCCCACUUUUUGGAAUAAUUCUGUAUUCUUUUCUCAUCCCACUUUAAAGAACUUUCCUGAUUAGGUUUGAACUAAUUAUGCUAGUUAUACAUUAUGGUAUAUAUUUAUUCAGUAAACAUUUAAUGAUGCCUAUUCUUUACCUCGUAGACACUGAUAGGCAUUGAGUAAUAAAAAGAUAACUGGGAUUUGGUCCUCACCGUCAAGCUGUGCUUAGCUUAGUCUUGUGGGAGUUACUUUCUCUCUUGGGACCUGUCACUUUGCAAGAAGAAAAUCUGCCUAGUUUUUCUUGAAAGCUAAAUAAUCUUAUUCUGUAUUUUACACUUAUUUUGUAUUCUAACUUUAUAUUUGCAAGUUGUGAAUGCCUGGGUUUUUCUUUUUUUUUUAAUCUUAAACCAUAUCCAAUUUUGCUUGAUUUAUUAGUCUUUUAAACAUUGUCAGAUUUUCUCCUUUGUUGUUAAUAUUAUUGUAAUUUCACUUUUAUUUGUACUUUUAUUGUCAGUUUCAUCAAGACUAAAACUUUGAAGAUGAAAUACAAUCAGUCUAGUAUCUUGCUAAUUGAAAUCAAACAAAAGAGUAUAUACCCAGUUGGUUUCUCUACCUCUUCCAAAAACUGUCCAAAUAUGCUUUUAGGAUAUUUCUGUCUUUUUUAAAAAUAAUUACUUUGGACAUUCAUUCAAUAAUACGGACCCUCCUGGUUGAUGGUGGGAUAUAAAGUAAACAAGACAAUCUUUAAAACUUGUCUCAUGUGCAGUUGCUUUCAUAACCAAACAUUCCAGUUUCACAGUUUGCCCCACUCCAUUACCACCCCCACACCACACCCCUAUCUCUUUAGAUAACUGAGUAGUCUGUGGACAUAGAAACACACGAUCUUUUUUUUAAAUUUUACUCUGAUCUAAGGCAUUGAUGUCUAGACAUAACAAAUUAUUGCCCAUUUUCAUUCUGCUAUGAGCUUUUACUUUGCUAAAUCCUUUAUAUUUAUCAGCUGACUUUUAUUCUUUCUCCCCUUCUCUUGACAUAUGUCCCUAAUGGUUUUGCUGAUUGCCCUCUUCCUUGCCAGUUGUGUUAUAUCAGCGUACAUCAGAAUGUUUCUCUCCUUUGACUUACAAAAGACCAAAAAGGAUGGUACUAUUCAUACCCAGGGUUCUAAUUCCUUUAUUAAGGUUGAUGAUGUUCAAAUUGGUCCAUCACUUGAUGGGAGAAAUUAUCUUCAGUUUAAUGUCUUUGUGACUAGCAAAUAGCAUGUCAUCAGGUUCUAUUUUAACUUAUGUUUAGGAUUAUGAACUUUCCCGGCAGUUGCAGGCAAUGAUUUUCCUACAAUAUUAGCCCUGUUUCCCACCUUGGAGCAUAAUGGAUUGUUGGAUUUAGCACAAUCAAGAGUAGUGACUAUAGUGUGUGGUCUCUAAAGGCAGGCAGAAUACUAUUAUUGAGUUCCUCUCACAUCUUUUCAAGCUUUCCAUGAAUAUUUUGACUGUUCAGACUACUUUGUUUUAUGUAUGGGGAUUGUGGGACAAAUGGUCUCUGGGUGUGGAAUUCCUGUGUUUGUAGCCUCAGCCAGGAAAUGGGAACUAUACUAGAUUUAGAUGGCCUUUAUGACAACUUGUCUAACGUGUUCACAUAAUUUCUUGAGUACUAAUUGUUUUAUCCUGGAUAUUACAGCUAACUUUAUAGAUAGAAUAACUGCCUUAAAUCUUUUUAGUAGGAAAUAAACUAUAUAAUGUGUGUGUAUGGAUUUAUAUAUACAUACAUGUACACUCAGAAAAACCUUAACAGUAAGGAUCACUUAUUUGCAUAUAUUUUUAAAAUAUUGAAUGCUUCUCUUGCUUCACUAGAAAGUUCUUAAUUUGCUUGCAGACAUUUUCCUUUCAUGGACAGACCAUCGGAGUAAUUAUUUUUAUUCUGCCAGAGUCCUAAUUUGGCGGUUCAGUUAGUAUACCAUUUUUAGGUACAAUGACAAUUAAGAAUCAUAACGAAUUCAUUAACAUCAAAUAAAGCUCUGCUAUAUAUCCCUUAAUUAAAUUAUUAUACACUCAGUGGUCUCUGGAAGGUACUAACUUAGGGUUAACUUUUUAAAAAAUGUUAGAUGGAGGUUCCCCACCCCCUGCCCUUAAUUCUUUUCCCUUUGGUAUAAGAUAGCUGCUUAAGAUACCAGGGAAGUACCACUACCAAAUUAAGUUCUCCUGUAUUUAAGGAGAGCCCGAAGAUGGUGCAGACCUGAUUUUCUUACCUGUGCCCAACAGAAAUGGACUUUCCAAAGUACUUUAGGCCAUCUCUGAUUCACAGAGGAUCUGACUAUAGUAUAUUAGCCUCAGUUAAUUUCAAUAUCAAUUGCUUUGCUGUCAUGAGAUCAUUAUAGACUCAAAAUUUCACCAGUAGUUGAGGUGGAAGGACCCCUUGUAAGAAUAAUGCCACUGAUAAUGGGAGUGAGAAGGAUUCAUUAACUAUACACAAAGGACUUUUAGAUUUUUCUUGCAAAAAUAUUUCUGAAAAAUGAUGUUCUAUCCUCCAAGGGGAAAAAAGAAGAAAAAGUUCUUAAUUUCUCCAAAUUUUCCAGUUUGCUUUUCUGAAUUGGGGAUAGGGAUUUGCUUUCUAUUUCUAAUAAAAAGAUGAUAAUUUAUGGAAUAAUGAAAUCCAUAAUAUAUUGAUUUGUAAGAACAAAAGUAAAGUUUUAGAACUAUAUAAAUAACAUUUUCUAUUUCACACUCUACUGUUCUUUCUCCCUCUGGCUUUAAAGCUUUGGGCUAUUUACAAUGUUAGUCACUAGAGAACUUGGCAUAUUUCUGGUUCUAUAUUAAGUUCUACCCUUUACAUUGCUGCAGUAUAGAGCUAGUUCUAAAAAUUUGUCUGUAGGAAAAGAAGUCCUACUAAAGUCUGUUUUCUUCCAAAGAGAUUUUCCCUUUUCUGAAUAAGUCCCUAAGAAAAUAUCUGUCACUUCCAUUAAAGUCCUGUUUCUUGGCAAAAUGCAGAACCCAAAUUGGUCAUUUCUUAGAUUAUCUUUAUCUCAGGCUUCAUUUUUGUUUUGACCCUGACCUUUAAAGCAUAAAUAUUUGUUUCUUUUUAUUAGUGAUAGUGAAGCUGUGACACUAACCAUUUUUAUACAAGAGGGCAAAACAAGAAAAACUACAGAGAUUAAGAUGAAAGCAGUUCUGUACUUGUUGAGCUAGAGCACAGCAUUGUAGGCAAAAUAAAACUUUUAUAUCUCAGAAUAUUCUUUUUGCCAGUUCCCCCCAAGGCCAGAUCCUCUGGUGGAGGGAGCACUGUUAAAAGUUACAUAAUUCAGAGCCUUUGGGUCUGAGGGAAAUAAUCUCCAGUUGGUGGUAGUCUUUUCAAUAUAUGAAGCAAGAAUGUGGGAAAUGGUUGGCAGCAAGUGCUUUCACCUAAAAGACGUGAAAAGACGUAUAAAACUGGAUUAUUUACUUAGCUCUGAAAAUUUUUAAAAAAUAGAGUAAAAUACUGUAUAACUGGACAAAAACAAUUGUUAGAGGAUUUGUCUGAAGACAGUUUGCAAGGAUGAACUUUUAUGCACUGUUCACAAAUGUGUUUAAGUACUACCAACUAUUCUUAAAAUUGACAACUUUAAGGCAUUUAUGGACUUCCUAGGAAUUAGCCAUUAGCAAGUGUUCUAAAAAUAUUUAUGAGCUGAUGCCCACAUAGGUAGAUUUAUGCUCUUGAAACUUUUUAUCUUUUCUGUAGAGAUACCAAGGGAGGAGUGAGUGGUAUUUUUAGGGUGAGCAAUUGCCCUGGUGUGCCUGGGACUGGAGUUCCCUGGAUGUGGCACUUUCAAUGCUAAACCCAGGGAAGUCCCAGGCACCCCAGGAGCUGAUCACCCUAAGUAUUCUUGUGAUUUCCCCUUAGUCCCAUAAAUGCUGUAAUAGUUGUGAUAAAAUUCAGCUGCCCUGUGGCUGUCAACGUUUCCAAUACUUGGAUAUGUGUCCUUCAAUCACUUAUUACUGUGGAUGGAACAUGAGAUUUCUAACAAUAGCUAAUAAUAGUGGUUUAAUAAAGAUAGAGAAGAGGCAACUAGAUAGCUAAGUUCUGCAGAUCCUGUGUGUAUAUUUAAGUACAAGUCACAUUUUGAUGGGGUUAAUGUAAUCGGAAAUUUAAAUUUUUCACAAUGAAAAUUAAAUGAAAACUGGUGUGGAUUUCUUCUCUCUUGAGGGAAAAUAUGGCCUUUGAUACUCUAUCCUCUACAUUCCCCAGACUUCCGGCUAAAGAAGCCAGAAUGUGGUGUUAUAUAUACCAGUAUUUUCCAUAAAUGUUGUAUUGAGAUUACUAAGUGCAUCAGCCACUGGCAGGUGAAUGAGCUGGUGGCCUGAUCCAGACUGAGCAGUGCUCUCAGUUUCAUAGCCUCCUACCCCUCAGGUGCUUACCAGCUAGAACACUGACGACAGGAGGUGAGAUUUUUUUCUAAUACGGCAUUAAUUUUGUAAUGCAUUAUGAUGGAUGCAGAGUCUGUUCUUGUUUCCCUAUGGUAGUCCUCAGAUACUGCAUUCUCUGUGCACUGUGAUGUAGAUGGUAGAUGUAUUCUUUGUAAGCUUUAAUCCUGUGAUUGUCAAAAGUACGAUGUUCCAUUUUUAAAAAUUAAACAAUAAGCUGAGGCUUUA